CGAGGCUUUCCCGGCAAGGUUAAGAGCAACACUUGGUUCUACGAGUUCACGAGCGAAACACGUUUUCAGUCAUACCGUUCCAGCUCAGCGUUUGACCGCUUGAACUUGAACUUUUUUACGCGGCGUCGGACACCGGUCAGUUGUACCCCACUCUGUUCACUAUUUCGCAUUUCGGACAUUUUAAUUUUGUGAUUCCGCAAUUUACUUUGGUAACAUAUUCCACUUUCGAAUCCCCACCUGUUUGAAUCUCAGUGCUGCAAGGGAAAAAAAGAAAGGAUUUUUGUGAUAUGUGUAUUUUAUGAAUUUCUUUUUGUGUUACUUUUCAAGAACUAGAAAGCAAGGAACUGGCCAAUAUUUAAAGCAAGAAUUUGGAAAAUUAUUAGAAGUUGUUCUUCUGAUCCUGCCUGAGAAAUGUAGAUACUUUUCAUAUCUUCAUACAUCUAAAAUGUUUUAGAAAGCCAAAAUUCACUUCUCUCAUACUGAGUUCAGGCUUGAAAUGCUGCGAAAAGCGAUGGUUGACCCUCACGCACCUGAUGAAUGGACACGGUAUUAGAGAGUCCCUAGAAUGGAAGAUGCUGGCAGUUGGGACCUUAGCACCAUCAGGGAGGAGGAUUUCGACCAACUGGCAGUGUAUCUUGUAAGAGAUCAACCAUGUGAGGAAGAUUGUCUGAACCGGGCAGAGGCCAGCUUGCCCAGGAACCUCAUCCUCAAGGCCUCACCAUCCCUAGGAGGCGAUGUGCAGGGAAUUUGGAGCACCGACUACAUACCAAGGGGCACUCGAUUUGGGCCCCUUGUUGGUCACGUGUACAGACAGGACGAGGUGCCACCAGAAGCGAACAGAAAAUUUUUCUGGAGGGUCUACAGCAGUCCAGACGAUUUCUAUUACAUCGAUUGCCUGGAUGUUAAAAAGUCCAACUGGAUGAGGUACGUGAAUCCUGCUUAUUCGACAGAGGGACAGACCUUGGUGGCUUGCCAGAUCAAACAGCAGAUCUACUUCUACACCUGCCGGCCUGUGCUUCCUAAUGAGGAACUGACUGUGUGGUACUGCAAGGAAUUUGCCCAAAGACUUGGGUAUCCUCUCACUGGGGAACUUAUGCUACUGAGAAUCAGACAACACAUGGAUCUGGGAUCCUCGGCAUCAGCUUUGCCAUGCAGUGAGAGCCGUGUAACAGAAGAAGAUGAUACUUAUCCGCAAAAUUCAGCGCCUGAUCUGCCCCACCCGCCUUCAGAAGGUCAUCCCCCGAAUACAGAAGCAGGCGAGAAGGACAGCUGCGCUCGCAGCGAUGAAGGAUACCAUAGUCAUGGUAGUCACGAUGAUCCGUUGACGCCCCCAGAGGGUGACAUCUCAGAUGAAGACUGUGCUUUAGACUUCAGCACUAAGGAGAAAGCUUCUAACGCCCUUGAAUCACGUACUGAGGCUAAAACCAGAGAAUCAAAUGAAGGUCAUGGUGAAGAUGUUGCUGAUGAAGAUUAUAAAAAGUUUCGCGACGCCAAAUUCAAAAUGUUUAAGGCUUUACAUUACAGAAGCAAAACAGAAAAGAAAGAUGAAGUGGAUGGAGAUAACGCUACAGCCCAAUAUUCUUCUUCAACGCUGAAUGAAAAAGAGUUAACGACGCCUCAAAGACCUGUCAUUGUGACCCCUACUUUAUCAUCUCAAGAACAGAGUGUUACAACUGUAGAGGUGCAAAGACCAAACUCUAACGAAACAACGGAAGCAUCCCCAAAUUCUCGACUGCAUGAUGGAUUGUCUAAAAGAGGAAAUUCUGCAUUCGUAGCUUAUGAAAGUAGUUCCGCAAAGGCUUUGAGAUCACUAAUUCCUAACAGUGGAAGGAUUUCUCCACCAAAUUUAAGCCCUCAGGACGGAACACCUUCGCCGAGAAUACUGGAGAAUUUGCUUCUUCGACAGCGAGGUGAAUUGUGUCGGUCACCUCCUCUGGACAGUGUACCUCACCUGUCGUAUUCACGUCCUCCUCCUAUAACAGAACCAGUUCGAGUAAUUGUAUCUAAUGAUACUUCACCUAGAUCGGAUCAGCAAAUCAGUAGCACUCAUCAGUCUCCACCCAGAACAGAACUGCCUCUCCCCGUUUAUCCGCAAAAGAAAGGACAAACUCUGCAAUAUGGAGGAUCAAGUCCAGAAAUGAGAAGUCCUGAUUCCACAGACAAAACUUCAGCCGCCUUGAAUAGGCACAGCCCUCCAUAUCCAUUAGCAGCAUCUUCUGCAAGCUAUGUUUACAGCAUGCCACCUAUGUUCUCACCAGCGCAUUUUAAUAUGUACGCUUAUUCCUUAUCAUCAGAAGGUCAAGUUAACGGUUUCGGGUCCAAAGCGGCAGAAUAUGCUCAAAACCAUCAUCAUCCUCAGACACAGUUUCUGUCGCGAGUGCCCUUGAAGCCAAAAUCUCCGUACACAAAUGGAAUUACAUCCCCCAACCAUAAUCAUUUGCAGAAUCCAUCGCAAUCACCCCCACAAACAGGGACUCUUCUGUUGAAUGGUCACGGAUACCAUCACCAGAUGGGAGACCGCACCAGCACCAGCCCUACAGGUUCGUCUGGUUCACAUUCCAGUGCACGCGGUUAUCGAUCUCUUCCUUAUCCAUUGAAGAAAAAAGAUGGUAAAAUGCACUACGAAUGCAAUAUCUGCAUGAAGACCUUUGGACAAUUGUCUAACUUAAAAGUACACCUCAGAACCCACUCCGGUGAGCGUCCUUUUAAGUGUUCGGUGUGCACAAAGAGUUUCACGCAGCUUGCUCAUCUUCAGAAACAUCACUUGGUACACACUGGAGAAAAGCCCCAUCAGUGCGAAGUGUGCAAGAAACGCUUCAGUAGCACAAGCAAUCUAAAGACACAUCUGCGAUUACACAGUGGCCAGAAACCAUAUGCUUGUGAUCUUUGCCCGGCUAAGUUCACUCAGUUUGUGCAUUUGAAACUCCACAAGCGUUUACACACCAAUGAAAGACCAUAUACAUGCCAGACGUGCAAGAAGAAAUAUAUCAGUGCGUCUGGCCUGAGAACGCACUGGAAGACAACAUCCUGCAGGCCGAAUGCUGUGCCUCUGGAAGGCAUGGAUCUGGAUAAGGUUUAUGAUUACAUGUCAUCUGAAGAUUACAGUAAUUUAGACGGCAGUGGUAGCGAGGACAUGUCAGAAAUCAUGGUGAACGGUGAGGAGGGCAGUGCCCCGCCGUCCCCUGAUUGUCAUUCUACUGUGUCCAUGCAUAUUCCCAGACCCAACGGUGAAUGUGUGAUGGCAAACUGAUCUGACGUGAUAGCAAAAUCAACUAACUUAUUUAUGUAGGGAAAGCGGGACUUUUUCCAGCUAAUACUCACGAAGUGAUAAUGAGUGCUGCUCUUGUUUGUUACCGUUAUUCUUAUCUUCUUCGUAUCUGUGUCUUUGUGUAUUGUGUACAGAAAAAAUCUCUUAUUUAUUGAAUUCAUAAUUCAUAGAAAAAUUGACGUUCUCUUAGCUUUCGUGUUAUUUAUUUACAGAGGGUUCAAAGUUUUGUUUACUUUGACAAUUUUAAAAGAAAUAUAUUAUUUUAAGUGAAAUAUGUGAGUGUUCGUCAUUCAGAGGUUUGUUUUAUUUUGCAUCAUUCUCAACCCACGAAAACUUAAAAACAUGCUUUAAAUCAUUUUUAUCCGGAGACUUUUCUCUUGAUUAGAAAAUAAUUUUUAUGAAUAUUCUUAGAUAACUUUAGAAAGUAUCGUCAUUGUUAUUUUGAAUUAGUUCUUUUGGAUAGAGAAUAAAUAAAUUAACAAUACUGCUUUCUAUGAAAUGCAUGGGUAGAAGUAUAUUUUGCAUAACUAUUAAAGAAAAUCUGUUAAUAUUCUGUAGAAUUAAUGAAACAUUAAACAAUAUCAUCAUCUAAGUGUAGAUCAUGCUACUCUUAAUUUAAAAUCUUUUUACGUUAGAACAUAGAUAUAAUUUUAAUUCUUAAAUGCGUUAAAGCAACUACUUUGUGGAUGAAUAUUAUUAUUAUUUAGUGAGUAAAAUGUGCCAUUGUUUCUCUGCAAUUCAUAAAAUGAAGUCUCUGCAUAAAAUUUGUGAUACACUCUUAAUAAAGUGAAAUGAAAUUUUUAAUCAAUAUUUCUAAAUAAAUCCUGUAUUUAAUAUGACAAAUAAAGAAUUCAAUUUAGAAAUAAAAGUAAAGUAAUAAAAGCUUUCAGUACAAAAUUUAUUUUCUUAAUCUGAAACAAAAUCUCAUAUAUUUGUUUAAACUUUUAUCGAUGUUCUUAUUUUCAAACUUCACUGCCAUGGUUUUAUUAAUGUUUUUAUUUGUUUAGAGUAUUUAUAUUUCAGUCCAUAAUUUAUAACAAAUAUUAUAUAAAUGUUUGGAUUUGCAAUGUUGUGAAAGAGGAGGAAACUUUGAAUAUUAUUAUCUCAUUCCGACUAUUUAAAAUAGUCCGACUAUUUAAAAUAGUCGAGUCACUUAAACAUUUUGAUAUGAUACUGUGCGCUAUAUUUAUUAAACAGUUAACGAUCUUGCCAGUUAAUUCUACAUAUUAUAUUAAGCGAUUAAUUAUGAAUUUUAGUGUGCAGUAAAUGAUUAUGUACUUCAUUGCUUUCAAUUUUGGAGUAAAGUAUGCAAAGAUUAAAAACAUUGUUUUCUAUUCCAAAGACUUUCUUCUUAAUAUUAUUAAUUAAUUCAAUAUCCUCCAAAAUUUAUUUUGCAAGAUAAUUUUAUGUAUAUGUAUAUUUUAUAUUCAGUUAUAAGUUUUUUAAAAGGUAAAAUGUUCUCUGAAAAUACUAUAAAUGUUUUUGAUGUGACAGUAUCAAUGGUGCUAUUUUCAUUUAAAUUUCAAGAUUAUUUACGAAUGAAUUUAAUAAAUAAAGUUAUUUUCAUUUGUAAGUUCACCUUUUUUAUUGUUUUUCUGCUAAGUAAAUUAAUUAUACUAAAUACGGCUAAGUAAAUUAAUACCGAAAUGUAAUUUUAAACUCUUACGUUCAUGAAGAAUUUAUUUAUAAAUUAAUUUGUAAUCGUUUCUUUCGAAAUGCGUUGCAUCUUUUCAUUUGAAAUGAAAGUAAAACAACAGUUAUAGCUUAGUUUUAAAUCCAAAAACAUUGAAUGCAAAACUUACAGGUCAUUAUUUGGAAUAAAAUUCAUAGAAUGGUUCAUUUUUUCCAAGAUAUUACAACGCUCAUUCAUUGCAACAGUACAUUGGUCUUAUAUGUACAGCACGUUUUCAGUUUCAUAAUUGUAAAAACAAUUUGAAAAAUUAACAACUCAGUGUACGUUUUGAGAAAUGCAACAAAUGUCACUUUAUUUUCAUUCGCACUGCUACUUAAUUUUUUCAGUUUCCUCUUCAUUCAGUUUGAUUGUAUUAUCAGUUCGCUGGUGAGAUGGAUCUUUAAAUGUUUUUAUUAGUUUCUUUUAGUAUUUUUUAUCAUUGAAUUAUGUGUUGUUCAAAAAUAAAUUCGCAUUACUUUAUCACUGAUUCAUCCUGUGUUCGUCUGAAGAUAAAUGAAAGAAGUUAUAUUGUAAAUAGUUACGGUACAGAGAGAAAGUAACAGUUCUGUAUGAAAUUCUGAAAAGAGACUUACUGAAGUUAUUGUAAGUAUAGAGGCUGAUAUUUGAAACGUAAUCUCUAAAAUAAGAAAAAGCUUUUUGUAUAUUAAUGAAAAUAUAUUUAUCUAAAUAACAGAAACUGUAAAUCCCUUUACUUGUAUAAAACAUAAGAAUUUAUUGAAACUAUUCAAAAGGUCAUGCAUUUUAACCAUUAAGCUAUAGUCAUGCAUAUUUAACAGUAAACUGCAGGAUGUGUCAGAAAUAUUUCACCACUAAAUAUCUCUUGAAUAAUUCUCAUAGAGACAUGGCUAUAGUUCAUAAAAUGGAUCAAAUAAAGUAGGUCUUCGUGUUACGAUUUUGAUAACAUGUUACCUUUUACAAGAGUAUACAGAAUUUCGAUUUUCAAAUGUAUCGUCUGCAAAGAAAAUUCCAAUUAGAAAACUGCUAUUUACCUCGCUAAAAGUUAUAAAAAACGCCUGUACUCUGUAAGAUGCAAAACAUGUUGAAAAAAUAAUAUUAAUUUAUAUUAACUGAAGUAUGUGCAGCAAUAUUGCCUAUAUUAAACUAUAUUUCUAUCAUCAUGUAUUAUGUACUCAGCUGUUACAGAAACUGCAUUUUUAUUUUUAUGCAUUUAUUUGAAGUUUUUCUAUGAAUACAUUCUUUAAACUCUCUGGACGAACUGAACUCUUUAAACUCUGUAGACGAACUGUGUAUAUUAAAAAGAAUGAAUAGUAUCGUAAAAAAUGUGAACAAAAAUAUAAAUACAGCACAAAAAUCGCAUUUGUGUUGACAGCAAUAUCAUAGCUUCCAAAUUUUCUUAAUUCUUGAUUAAGAUAGGAGACAAUAUAAAAUUUCAAGUCAAUUAAAGUAGGUAUUUGGUUCAUAUUUCAAACAGAACUGUUACUCUGGGAAUUCUGACCAAAGUUGUAAAUACUCAGAAUUUGUGAUAUGGCAACCACCAGGAUAAAUAUGGCCGCUUUUUUCCCAAUUCUUGCAUAUAUUAUUGCAUGUUCGUAUGUUUACAUUUCCUAUUGAACUUUCAAUGUAAAUCAAACAUUCAUUCCAUUCAAUUUAUUUUCUCUUUUGUAAGUUCUGUACAUAGAAAAAAUGAGAUUGAUAUUUUGUUGUCGCUUUCGGCUAUUGUUAAUAUAUAUAUAUGAAAUUUAUUUCUCGAAUCAGUACAGUGUUUAAAACAUAAUCGUAAAGUAUAAUCUUAUAUACUAUGCGUGAAAUCUCAUAGCAUGCAUAAUAUCUGAGGUUUUGUAAAAUUUUAUUCUUUCCUUUCAGAUCUGAAUUCUUUUUGCAUGUGUAUUUAAAAAUUUAGUUGUAUUUAAGGAGAAUUUAAUACAGUCGUGAUAAUUUUAAAUUAGAAUAAUGCUUUACGAAUGAAUGAAAAUCCCACUGCAACAAUUUGGGAAAAUCUUUUAGUAAAGCUGGCAUCAUUUGCUAGUAACUCAGAAUCCUGAUCGUCUGAGCCUUGUAUUAAAUACAUUGCUGUAUUACUCAAGGCAAAACUAUAAUUAUAUUACUUCAGGUAAUCAGGAUUUUGCGUUAUUUUAAACAAACUAUUGAAUGAAUAUUUGAAACUUAUUAAAUAAUUGGAAAAUGAAAGCUAAAUCUUCAUGUAGCUGUUAAAAUGUUUUCCAUCAGUGUCAAUGAAAUUUUAUGACAUUCUGGUUUAUCAUAUUCUGUAAAUUUAAUGAUUGGUAUAAAGUAUUUUAUUUUUAUUUAGAUUGUUAAACAUAGAUGUUGUAAAAUAUUGCAAUGCGUUGGGAAGAAGCGGUUGUUUAGUUUGGCUUUUUCAAGUUGAUCAAGCAUUAUUUGUACAGGAAUAAGUUUUCAAAGAGCAUGUCCGUAAAUGUGAAAAAUCAGGGAACGAUAAGCAACCUUUUCCAUUACGGUUAAGGAUAAGCAAUAAGAACAUAGUAGCACAUGUACUUCAAGGUAAUAAAUCACUGCUGCUUUCUUUUAUCUGAAGAUCUUUCAUCUUUACGGAAAAUGUAAAUAUCUUGUUUGUAGUAAGAAAAGAUGUAAACAAAAUGGUGAGCAUAAGGUAAACCAGAAAUAAUUGCGUAAUUUUGAAAAUUAGCGGAAGGAUAUUUUAUUUACUUGGCAGAAUAUUGAACCAGAUAGAAAAUCUGCAGUUUUAGCCCAAUGGCUAGAAUUUCAGUUUCUCUAUAUGGUCUCUAUACUUCGUAAAACAAAUAUUUUCUCUAUUUCUCUUAAAAUUACUGCUGAAUUUUGAUCUCUUCUGAAAAGAUUGUAUUGAUUUGCCGGAAAUAAUUUUAUGAGUGUUAUAUAAAUCCAUGCUUAUGUCAGUCUUUUAAUGAAGUCGUUAAAAAGACGAGUUGUCUGCGCAGUUGACUAUUUAAUGAAUAUUUAUGCAGCUAAAAACCUUGUAGAGACAUUAGGUUAUUUCGAGGCCGGAGAGGUGAAAAAUUAGCAACCGCCUUCGCCGGCAAUCGAACCGCGGACCUCUGGAAUACCGGCCCAGCGUGCAGAACUACACCACGAAAGCACGCUAGGAAAAUGGGAGAAAUACCUUAUAACCUUUAAAACAAUAAUUCAAAAUUCCCGUCUAUUCCAUUUCUUUAAAGACACUUUUACAUACUGCUUUUGCGUACAACACAAUUCAUCAAUACAUAAAAGCAUUUUACGCUUGUAUAACAUUCUGUCAGUAUGUAAAAACAUUCUUUUCUGUAUAUAUUACAUUUCAUUAAUACGUAAAAUCAUUUCCUCACAUACAUGUCACAUUCGGUCAGUAUACAGAAGCAUUGUUGGCGUAUGUAUCACAUCCCGUCAGUGUGUAAAAGUAUUUACCUUUUACUCUACGUUCUUCUAAGACGGAGAACAAGUUUUAUUGAACUCAGAACAUUUUGAAUAUGAAUUAUUUUAGCAACGUUAAAAUUAGUGAAAACAUACUUUGAGAUUUAGAUUAUAAUAUAAUUAUAUUCUAGGCUUAUCUUCAAUUAUUAUGAAAAUUCGGGAAAUGACUUUUCACAGAAGAUGAAUCUUUCAAUGGGUCAUACGUCAGCCAUAAGAACGACAGGUGAUAGCGAACAUUUUAAAUAUAAUAUAACCAAAAAGUAAACCAUAAUCGCGUUUCUUCUCUCCUAAUGUUUAGUUAAUUUCUAAUUUAAAUUUGCUCAUGUUUGGACAGAUAUUUACCGUAAAAAAUAGGGAUACAUGACAAGAUAAAAAUUAAACGAACAAAUAAAUGUGCAGACGUUCAAAAUCUCCUAACCCAGUCAUUAAACAAAUAAAUAAAAAAUUUAGAAAUCAACGUUACAUAACAUUUAAAAUAUCCCAGUAUUCUGUUUAACAGCUUGUCUAACAGAUGUUCGGUAAUUUUCUCAUAAAAUCUCCAAAUAAUAUUUGUGAACAAAAAGUAAGGUUUACUUUUAAUUUACAAUUUUCUGCUUUUAUCUUUUUCAUUCUUCUGGUUUACCUUAUCCUGAUAGCAUUGUACAAAGUUCGUACUGAAGGUACACUGAUAGCAAUAUCUUCAACUCUGUUAGAAAGGAAACUUACGUAUGUUUUCAAAACACAGGGUGUUAUUGUCAAACCUUUUGGUAUUACUAUAAAAAAUGCAAUGUUUAAAAGCCAAUAAAAUUCGAACAAAUCCUA